AUAAAAAUUUAGCACCAGUAGUUCCAAUUGAAAAGUUUACUUUGGAGUCAAAUCAUGACAAUUCUACUAUUAAUUUAGCUGAUUCAUUUAGUUGUACUCUAAAAUCAGAUCAUCCUGACAAUUUGUUUACUACAGUUGUGGUAAAUGAAAGUGAUGAAGCAUUAGGUUCAAUAUCGGGUGCAAUCCAAGAAUUAAGAAAAAUUCUGAUUGAUUGUGAUAAUGACUCAUUAAAGUUUGUUGUUAAACAAUUUGGAAGUG